UUGCUUAUUGGUCUGUUGUUGAUGUUGUAAGAUGGCGCCCAGCGAAAUAUGAGAUAAAAACUACAUCUACACAAGGAAAGGGAAACGCUUGACCAAGGUUCUGUCGACCAGAAAACCUUCUUUGGUUCUUUGGUUGGAGAACAGUUACAGUUUUGAAGCAGAAGAAGCGCUUCCGGGCGGCUCCGUUGGGGAAAAGAGAGUAUCCUUCAACAAAGUGGAACCGUGUGAAGCAAUGAAUAACUCUUUGGACAGUGCAGGAUCCUAUGAGGAGCUUGUGAGGCAGAAAGCUCGCAGCAUCCCUCAGCAUCGCAUGAAGGAAUUUUUGGAAUCCUUAGCGAAUAAGGGUCCAGAUGCCCUGCAGGAGUUCAGCCAACAGUCUGGAGAAGUUACAACAACAACCACCAGUAUGAUCUACCAGCAAGAAACCAAUUGCAUCUACACGGAUAGCACAGAAGUUGCUGGAUCUCUUUUGGAACUUGCAUGUCCGGUUCAAGUGCAAGUCCAACCACAGCAGCAACAGAUUCAAGAGGCAGCGGCUCAGCAGCAAGCUGUUCAACAGAAUGCAGAAAUUGUGCAGGUCCAGAUCCAGGGUAAUCAGCAUGGACAGAUGCUGGGUCAGGUACUGCAAGUACCCACUGGCUCCCACCAACAGCUUCAAGGUGUAACUACAGCUCAGCUGAUUCAGCCUGGCGAACUUACUGAAGAGCAGCACCAACAGCUACAAGCCCAAUUGGUGGCAGCUGUUGCUGGAGGACAACAGAUUCAAAUACAAACAGUGGGAGCACUUUCACCUACCCAGCAGCAGGAUGGCACAGAGAGACGGGUGCUGGGAACUGCUGUUGCCACGUCGCAGGGGGCCGGUGUACUUCAGCCAGCCAAGAAGCGAAAAGUGGACAUGCCUAUUACUGUGUCUUAUGCCUUGCCUGGUCAGCAAGUUGCUACAGUCCUUGCCAUUCCGCAAGGACAGGGUCAGCAGCAGAGUUACGUGUCCCUACGACCAGACCUUUUGACUGUCGACAGCUCUCACCUAUACAGUGCAACAGGAACUAUCACCAGUCCCACAGGGGAGACCUGGACCAUUCCUGUCUAUUCUGCCCCGGCCGGGUCUGGGGGUCGGGAGCAGGUUACACACAUUGCCAUUCCACAAGAGGCCUAUGGAACAGUCCAAGUCGCUGGUGCGAACACUACAACAAUGACAACCUUGCCAACACAGGUUACGAUUGACAAUGACAAGCUCAAGAGUGUUACAAGUCAGAGUCAGACGGCACAAGCCGUUUCAAGCAUUACAAGUUCUGGAGGAAUGACUGGCCAGGAAGAAGUUGUUCACACUCUUGCUGCAAAUACCUUGUUCCCUGCGCAACUGAUGAAUGGAAACAUCCACAUCCCAGUGGCAGUGCAGGGGUAUCCUAAUGCUACACAGUCCCUGAUCUGGGACCCACAACAGCAAGUGCUACACACACAAACACUGACUGGACAGGAUGCACAGCAGUUACAGGGUCAGACAGUGGUGGCGGAAGUUGAUGGCCAAGGCCAGCAGCAGGUUCAGGUCCAAGAACUGCUGCUGCCCGCCACUCUGAAGCCUGAGGAAGGAUUGGAGGUUUGGCGGAUUUGGGCCCAACGGAAAAAUGCAGAAUUGGAAAAAUCUGAGAAGCAAAAACUGGCUCCCAUCGGACGUCGCCAAGUUCUGAGGUUCCAGGAGGACUUGAUUUCAAGUGCAGUGGCUGAACUCUGCAUGGGUCUGUCAAUGAUGACAACUGAGGCCAGGGGCCUGGAGGGGGAGACAUAUGAGGCUGAUGUGCUUUACUAUGUAUUUCUGUGCAUACAAAAAUAUCUUUUUGAUAACGGCCGUGUGGAUGACGUCUUUUCGGAUCAGUACUAUGCUCGCUUUGCUCAAUGUUUGCAUCAAAUCCUGGAAACCUGGAAUCCAACUGUUCACCCUUUAGGCUAUAUUAUCCCCAGUCAUGUAACAGAAGAGAUGCUGUGGGAAUGUAAACAGUUGGGGGCCCACUCGCCCUCCACACUGCUCACAACGCUGAUGUUCUUCAACACAAAAUAUUUCCACCUGAAGACGGUGGAGCAGCAUCUUAAAGUUGCGUUCUCUAAAGUGUUGAGACACACCAGGAAGAGUCCCAAUAACCCCAAAGACAAGAGUACCAGCAUCCGGUACCUGAAGUCAACUGAGAGGUUUAUUGGACAGAAAGUCACGGAUGACAUGUACUCAGAGCAGCUGGAGGAUCCUGAGAACCCCUUACGAUGCCCAAUCAAGCUCUACGACUUCUACCUCUUCAAAUGUCCGCAGAGUGCUAAGGGACGCAACGACACCUUCUACCUGACUCCUGAACCUGUGGUGGCUCCCAACAGUCCCAUAUGGUAUUCGACACAACCAAUCCCAAAAGAGCAGCUGGAGCAGAUGUUGGCGCGCAUCCUGGCUGUCAGAGAAAUCCAGGAAGCCGUUCACAUGUCGGACAGUGGGCAGUAAUCCAACCUGGGAACUCUUAAUGGACUCUUCUUCACACUUGGAACAGCCUUGGAUCUGUCUUGGUAGUUUUGUACUUACGCCUUCUGUUGGCCUGGAAGAGCGGCAUGUGUCUGUUUAUACUCAUCGUGUCAACAUAUAAUCUAUACAUAACUGUACAUACGCUUAACACAUGCAGAUGCUUGUGUCUGAUGACUUACUUCCACUUCAUAUUUUCUUUGUUCGGCCAAAGGACGAUUGGACCUUUAUUUAAAUGUUAUUUUUAACUUUGUACCAAUAGUCGGAAACAGUUAAUAUACUUUCUAUUUGUUUUAAUCUGUAUAUAUAUUGCAUAUAUAUUUUCACAGUGUCAGACCUGCUCUCUGUCUCUUCUGCUUUUCCUUUUUCUCUGGUAGGUAAAAAAACCCCAAAACAAGUGAUCAUUUACCUUUACACGACCACUGUUUGGUUUAUUGAAAAGGUGGUUUGCUCUGCAGCGCCUCCAUGUUGGAGGGCGAAAUUGCAAGUAUUCACACGUGGAAAUAAACGUUGCAUCACAAUUCUGCAGUACCGGAACUUGCCACAUGAUGGGACUGAAAGUUCUCCAUAACAAUUAUUAAUCUGAGCAGGACUUGCUGUAUAAGUUACUGCCCUAUCACAGAUAAAGGACUCUGUUCGAAGACCCAGAUGAUCUAUAAUGUACUUGUGUCUCCUUCUUGUAUGAUACUGGGUUUCGGUUAUCUAAGGAGAAUGGCAGUGCCUGUGUUUCUUCUGUUUUGAAACAUGACCUUUUUGUACAUCCACCAUUUGUCUGCCUUUCUAGCCAGUCUGGUUUUAAACCCACAUCUUCUCAGUACCGAUUGCUUUAGUUGUGUUAUAACUGAUGCACAAUGAUUUUUAAAAACAAUAAAAGUAAUCUCACAGCGGUGCUG